GGGGGUCACUCACUUACCUUACCCACCAGAGUACAAGCCAAGCAUCGGUUAGUGCCCGCGUGCAUUGCUUCAAAAGUCCUUCUCCGUGUAACAGUUCGGUAUUGCUACAUGUCUAAAGAGGAAGAACUUUAUAAUCGCGAAAAGUUUUUGUGAAAAGUGCAAUUUGAAGAUUUUUUUUUUAUUGAGAAGAAAAGAAAUUUUUCAUUACGAUGCAAGUCCUUGAUAUCCAACAAGCAGAUUACGAUGACGCUUAUUCAAAUGGUACAACAUCCAACGGUACCGUCGUUGUCGAUGCGGCUUUCAAGAAAGUACCGAAGAGUUCCGCAGGUUUCCAUAUCUGGCGCAUUGAGAAUAUGAAUGUUGUUGCUUUGGGAAGAAAUCAGUAUGGAACGUUUUAUGACGAUGAUUCUUAUGUGAUUUUAGCUGCUUCUUUACCAGGACAAUCAGCAACUAUAGACUCAGUGACUAGAGAAAUUCGAGGAGGUUUAUUAGAAUACCACAUCCACUUCUGGUUGGGUGGAUUAACGACGCCCGACAAGUCUGGUGUAGCAGCUUACAAGACGGUAGAACUCGAUGGUUAUCUCGGUGGGUGCGCCACGCAACACCGGGAAACGCAAGGAAAUGAGAGCGCUAGGUUUAGGAGUUAUUUUAAAAACGGUUUCAGGGUUCUUAAAAGCCAUGCCGAGCAAAACGGCGACUCAUUACAUCAAAUUAAACUCUACAAAAUCAAGGGUAAAAGAAACCCUGUGGUGGUCCAACAAGAAUCGGUUUCUUGGAAAUAUUUCAACAGCGGAGAUGUUUUCGUUUUAUUAACACCGACAAUAAUUUUUGUUUGGGUGGGGAGAGCCGCAAAUAGCAUUGAAAAAUUACACGCUACUAAGAUUGCGGUACAAUUAAAAUCAGAAAACGAUAAUAUCCCAUUAGUUUUUGUCGAUGACGGUUACGAGCAAUCAUUACAAAACGAGCAAAAAUCGGAAUUUCAAAAAUACCUCCCAUUAAAUCAAAGACACGUUCUCCCAUCAGAUCCAGAGAAAGACGAAGUUGUCGAAAAACAGUUCAAAAACAACAUUAAAUUAUAUAAAUGUUCCGACAAUAAUGGGAAAUACCGAGUAACCGAAAUAAAAUCAGGACCUCUACUUCAAUCCGAUUUAGAUUCAGAUGAUGUUUUUAUUUUGGAUCAUGGACUUUUUGGAAUUUGGGUUUGGGUUGGAAAACGCGCAAACGAUAAAGAGCGCACCGAAGCGAUGAGAAAUGCUCGCGGAUUCGUCAAGAAAAAGAAAUACGCCAACGAAACGAGCGUUACAAGAGUCGUCGAUGGCGCCGAACCGAAAGAGUUUAAAAUGCUUUUCGUCUCGUGGAGACAAAAAGAUUCCCAAAAAGCUAAAAUAAUAACGAACGGCGCGCAAAAAAAUAAUCAAAAAAUAGCCAUCACUAAAUUCGACGCUGUUCUUAUGCACGAAAGGCCGUCUUUAGCCGCGGAAACGCAACUUUUAGACGAUGGUACUGGGACUUCAAGAAUUUGGAAAAUUCGGAAAAAUGAUUCUGUUGAGAUUGGGAAGGAAAAGUUUGGGAAUUUUUUUAGUGGGGAUUGUUAUUUGAUUUGGUAUAGUUAUCAAAGUCAAGGACAAAAACAUAUUUUAUAUACUUGGUUUGGUUUACAUGCUUCAGACGAUGAAAUGUUAAAUACAUUUUCUAAAAGAACUGAAAUUGAAAAUGAACUAGGUGGCCAAGCAAUAAAAGUUCGUGUUAUUCAAGGAAGAGAACCGCCUCAAUUGUUACAAAUUUUUAAAGGAAAAUUGGUUAUUUUUAGAGGAAAAGGAACUGAACAAGAUGAAUCUGGCCGAAACACAAAAUCGCCAACAAAUUAUUUAUUACACGUUCAAGGAUCGGCUACUUAUAACAGCAAAGCAACUCAAGUAAAUACAAAGUCAUCUUCAUUAAAUUCAAAUUAUUGCUUUGUAUUAAAAAAAUCGAAAAAAUAUUUUGUAUGGAGUGGAAUAAAUUCGACGGGAGAUCAAAGAGAAAUGGCGAAACAUUUUACCGGAAAAGAUUUUGAAUUGGUUCUGGAAGGAAAAGAACCUCAAGAAUUUUGGGAUCUUCUCGGUGGAAAAGCUGAAUAUUUUACUACGAAAAUAGCGAUCGAAGAAAACGAUUUGAAAUGUCCCAGAUUGUUUCAUUUUCCAAAUAUUACAAAUCAUUUUAAAAUUGAGGAAGUUUUUAAUUUUACACAAUCUGAUUUAACCCCAGAAGAUAUAAUGCUUUUAGACGCUUUUUCAACAAUUUUUAUUUGGAUUGGAGCUUUAAGCACAACUUAUAAUCGCAAAAAUAGUUUGGAGAUGGCUUUAGAAUAUUUAAGAAAUGAUCCGGCCGGAAGAGAUAUGAACAUUCCUAUUAUUGAAGUUAAACAAGGUAAUGAGCCCCCUAAUUUUAUAGGAUUUUUCCCAAAUUGGAAUACUACGUGGUGGGCGGAACAUGUUGCUUUCGAAGAAAUGCGUUCUCAACUUGAGGGGGUUAAAAUUGAGAAAAAAUUAGAAACCACAAACGGAAAUCACGUUGAAAAUAACGAUUUUGAUUGUUAUGAGAAAUAUCCGGUUAAAAUGUUGAAAGAAUCUAUGGAGAAAUUGCCUAAUAAAGUUGAUCCUUUGCAAAAAGAGUUACAUUUGACUCAUGAUGAUUUCGUGUUUUUAUUUAAAAUGAAAUACGAAGAAUUCAAAAAUUUACCAAGAUGGAAACAACAGGAAUUAAAGAAGAAAGUAGGUUUGUUUUAA